GAGCUGAGCUAGGGGCCUAACCCGCUAGAGGCUCUGCGUGCUCAUUGGUCCGUGAAGCUGUCAGUCAUCACAACGGCCUCGGGAAGAGGUGGAGAUAGAACCAUACAGAUGGCGGAGGAGGCGGGACGGUCCGGGCGAAGCAUCGUUGCGUAGCCUCUGGCCUCAGGCCCCUCUAGCGCGGGGAGGGCUGGGAAGGCAGUGGGCGGAGUGAGGCAGCCGUUCGGAAGGGCCGGGCGGAAGAGGUCGGGGCGGGGAAGGCCGCGGGUUUGUGCCUGUGAGGGGAUCGGAGCGGUUCCGCCGAGGCUGGCCUUGGCCCGCCCUCCCGCCCGCCUUUCUUCCCGAAGCUAGCGCCCAGCUCUCUUCGCCUUCGCCUGACUCUUCUGACUCCGGCCCUGCAGCCAGCUGCGCUCGCUCUCCUCUGAGCCGUGAAUUCAAACCUCCAUUUUACACGCCUCCCGACCCCUCCACGCCUGUGGGUCCCUGCCUUCGUCCUUUCCCUCCCGGCAAAACCCAGAGCCCACCCCACGCACAGAACCACGCCCACCCACCUCUGACGGGCUGUGGACAUCCAUUGCACCAGAGUCAUGAGGCUGCCACAACCGGAGGUCCCUUUGUUGACCAGUUGAAACCAAUAUAAAUAUGGCUUUUUAUGGCCGAAAUGUGCUCUUUGCUAUUGCUAGAACAAGAGGUCCUCACCUUUUUGUCCACCCUACCUACCCUCGAUAUUCCCCAUCAGUUUCAUUUCUUCAACUGGCAGACUCCCAUUUAAAUCAAACCUAUGUGAAGAACUAUGGGAGCAAAAAAUUCUUGUAUCCUAUUCAAUCAAGCAGCAAACUACCUUAUUUACAAACUAAGGCAAUACGAAAACUACAUAUAUCCACAUGCUGGCUUCAAGAUUUCCCAGAUAAACCUAAACAAACUAUGGAAAAAUCAGUAACAGCAAGCCCCCAAACCCCAAAAGAAACAGGGAUUAAGACUGAGGAAGUUAAGCAAUCUUUGAGACAAAAAAUUGUGGAUGAACUUAAACAUUAUUACAAUGGAUUUUACUUGCUUUGGAUCGACACCAAAGUUGCUGCCAGGAUGGUAUGGAGACUAUUACAUGGACAGGUGCUGACCAGACGAGAGAGACGAAGGCUGCUGAGAACUUGUGCUGAUCUCUUCCGCCUGGUUCCAUUUAUCGUGUUCAUAAUUGUGCCCUUCAUGGAAUUCCUGUUACCAGUAUUUCUGAAACUCUUUCCAGACAUGUUGCCAUCAACUUUUGAAAGUGAAUCCAAAAAGGAAGAAAAACAGAAAAAGAAAAUGGCAGCAAAGUUGGAACUAGCAAAAUUUCUCCAAGAAACUGUUACAGAGAUGGCAAGGAGGAGCAGAACCAAGUUGGGAAAAGGCUCCAAAUUAGGAGAUGCCUCUACACAGUUUUCAUCCUAUGUAAAACAGGUCCAGACAGGUCAUACACCUAGCACAAAGGAGAUUGUUCAGUUUUCCAAACUAUUUGAGUAUGACCUAACUCUGGAACAUUUAGACCGACCCCAGUUGGUUGCUCUGUGUAAACUUCUAGAACUUCAGACCCUUGGAACCAACAACCUGCUCCGCUUUCAGCUUCUGAUGAAACUGAAGUCUAUAAAAGCAGAUGAUGAAGUAAUUGCCAAAGAGGGGGUGAAUUCCCUGAGCGUAUCUGAACUGCAGAGUGCUUGUAGAGCCCGAGGGAUGAGGUCACUGGGGCUCACUGAGAAGCAAUUGAGAGAACAGCUCACACAGUGGCAGGACCUGCAUCUGAAAGAGAAUGUCCCUCCUUCUCUGUUGUUGUUGUCCCGUACCUUCUAUCUGGUAGAUGUGAAGCCAAAGCCUAUUGAGAUUCCUCAAGAGGUGGAGUUUCCAAAAGCAGAAGCUCCUAAAGAAAUACCACCCUCUUUACAUGAAUCUAAAGAGGUGUUGGUGGACUUUGCACCUCAACUUCAGGGAACAAAGAUUGUAGAAUUUAAAAAACCACCACCUGUUACACCACCGCCACCUGUUUCAUUACCUGAAGAAUCUCUUUCUUCUUCCAGAGUCAAAUCACAAACCUCAUCCCAAAGCAGCAAAGCUAAUGCAAAUGGAGUCUAAGGCCACUUGAAGAUGAUGCUGUAAUCCAUUUACCCACUCCAUCUCCCUACCUCA